AUGGAAAAACGGAGAAUGAAAGAAAUAUUUAAGAACCUUUCCUCUAAGGAAAGUUUAAAUGAAAAAUUGGGCAUACAAGAUGGAAUAAAUAGAAAAGUAAGACGCCGAUUCAGCGAUGAUAAGUUGGCGUCAGUCAGACGUCGGCUACAGUUCAACAAUAAUCCACUGUCGGCGGUACCACAAGAGACAACUUCUGAAAAAUACCUUAUUGAAAACAACAACAAUAAUAUUCAGCAGGAAAAUGACGUUGGGAUAAGUCUUUGCGAAAAUCGCGUUCAUGUAAGAAAAAUUAUGUAA